AUGACAGCAAUUAGAUACUUUGUCAAGGUUUGCAUUCCUAACAGGGGAAACAUCGGAAACACUCCAUACCAGCAAACAGAAGCUUACCGGGUGAAUACCGAAAGGAUGGUCUUGGGCGCAAGAAAAACACCCUCUCGGAAGGGCUCCAUGGCGGACAUGCCUGGAGAUCUGAAGGAGCAAAUCGACAAGCUUGAAGAGCUGUUCGUCGUAUCUACGCCUAAGUUGAAGGAGAUCUCAGAUCACUUCGUCAAGGAACUCAAGAAGGGGCUGACCAAGGAAGGCGGUUCCAUCCCUAUGAUACCAACCUGGUGCAUGGCCUUUCCCGAUGGCAACGAAACCGGCCGCUUCCUAGCGCUCGACAUGGGCGGUACCAACUUGCGCGUUUGCGAGGUCACUUUGACGGAAGAAAAGGGCGAGUUCGAGAUUAUACAGUCAAAGUACCGCAUGCCCGAGGAGCUGAAGACGGGCACUGCCGACGAACUUUGGGGUUAUGUCGCAGAUUGCUUGCAGCAGUUCAUUGAUUACCAUCACGAGAAUGAAGAACUCGACCACCUACCACUGGGCUUCACAUUCUCGUAUCCUGUGUCGCAGGAUGCCAUCGACCACGGUGUGCUACAACGAUGGACAAAGGGGUUUGAUGUACAAGGCGUCGAGGGAGUGGAUGUUGUACCUCCAUUCAAGAAGGCCCUAGAGGAGCGUGGGGUCCCAAUCAAGCUCGCAGCCCUGGUCAACGACACCACCGGCACGAUGAUCGCCUCAGCGUACACCAACACAAGCAUCAAGAUUGGCUGCAUCUUCGGCACCGGCUGCAACGCUGCAUAUAUGGAGGACUGUGGUUCCAUCCCCAAGCUGGAGCACAUGAACCUUGACCCCUCGCUGCCCAUGGCCAUCAACUGCGAAUGGGGCGCAUUUGACAAUGAGCACCAAGUUCUCCCACGUACCCCCUACGAUAUCAUCAUUGACAAGGAAUCACCGCGGCCGGGCCAGCAGUCUUUUGAGAAGAUGGUUGCUGGAUUAUACUUGGGUGAGAUCUUCCGACUAGUCUUGCUAGAUUUACACAAGGGCAAUGAAUGCACCAUCUUCGAGGGCCAAAACGUCAGCAAGCUAACCAAGCCAUACUCUCUCGACGCCGGUUUCCUCGCGCAAAUCGAAGAAGAUCGUUUCGAGAACCUUCAAGAUACCAGCGACCUGUUCAGCGAAAAGCUCGGUAUCCGCUGCACGAAACCUGAGCUAGAGUUGAUCAGGCGUCUUGCCGAACUCAUCGGCACACGUGCUGCCCGUCUGACUGCCUGUGGUGUAUCUGCCAUUUGCAAGCACAAGAAAUGGGAUCAAGUACACGUCGGAGCUGACGGUAGUGUCUUUACAAAGUACCCGCAUUUCAAAGUCCGACAAGCGCAAGCGCUCAAGGAGAUUAUGGACUGGCCGGCCCAAUAUGGCAAGGGCAAAGGCGAUCCUAUUGAAGUACUGCCGGCAGAGGAUGGCUCAGGCGUCGGUGCGGCGUUGAUUGCCGCACUUACUGUUAAGAGGGUGCAGCAGGGUCAGUUGGCUGGUAUUAGGGAUAAGGAUACCUUACUCCAGAUGGUGCCGAAGAAGAGUAAAUAG